UGUGGUCCACGUUACGACUUUUGGCAUGUCCCAUUGCUCACAGCUCGUCCACAUAAUUCUCAUUUCAAAGGUUUGCUAGCCCCUGAGUCGUCAACAUUGGAGCAAAUUAUGCAGCUUGGUUCUGCUGCUGUUAUUAUCUUCGAAAACGUUUUCUAUCUUCUGGACCAGCAAGAGGAGCGGAAGUCCGCUCACCCUGUUCGUGUCGCUCUCCAGCAAUACAUGGCGUCCCCCAAUGCCGCUGCCGUCAGGAUAGCUCUGAACUCUGCUGUUCAUACAUAUGAAGCAGGCUUCUCUCGGUGGAUACCAGGGUCGGCCAAACGCUCUCAGAAGAAGGCAGACUUGAUCAAGACAAUUACUGAAGUUGUUUUACAGCACCGUCUGCCAAUACCUGGAGUCCAAGCAAUAUGACGAUAUUGAGCUCAGCGAAUUGCGGUUUCUGGAUUGGCUGAUGGCAUGUCCAUGGAGGUGGUCAAGGAGGUGGAACUGUAUGAAACGUUGUAUGAUUAAGCAAUUGGCGGUUUAUGGUGGACAUGCGUGUGAUGGAUAGCGUCCUACUUAUUUUGUACGAUGUUGUAACUUUCCUCAAAGAAAAGAACUGUAUAUAAUUUCUGGUCGGCUGGAUGGGCUGCGGCGUUGGCGCAUAGCGGUGUGAU